AUAUUUCCAUCUUCUUGUGAUCAGUUACCUGCUCUGGUCAUCACUGCCACAACUGCUAGAAUGGAGGUGGUUUCAGCAGAAGUGAACAGCUUGCUCCCUGAGGAAAUAAUGGACACCGGUAUAACUCUGGUGGAAGAUGACAGCAUUGAGGCAGUUAUUGUGUCGUCGCCGAUGGGAGAUUCAAUUCCCAUGGAAACAGAACUGGAAGAAAUAGUGAACAUAAGCUCCACCAGUGACUCCUCAGCUAUGACUACAGCCGCAGUCACCACAGAAUCGGUUACUGCACCCAGCAAUCACUCAGAUGAUGCAACAGUGAACACCACAACCUCAAAAACUGACGCGAAUGCAGUAGUAAAGCCUACCUUUUCGAGUGGCCUCCAUAAACUUGGUGCUCAGACACCUGUCACUAUAUCGGCCAAUCAAAUUAUUCUGAACAAAACCGCUGAUAUUAAAAUAGGCAAUCAGAGUAUUAAACCAGAUGGACAAAAGCUAAUUGUAACAACCUUGGGCAAGUCUGGCCAACCUAUUGUUUUAGCAUUGCCUCACAGCCAGCUCCCACAGGCGCAGAAGGCCACGUCCCAAGCCCAAGGUGGAGACUCCAAGGUACAAGGCCAGCAAAUCAAAGUGGUUAUUGGAGGUCGGUCAGAAGUGAAACCUGUUGUUGGUGUCUCAGCUUUGACGCAAGGAAGUCAGCUGAUAAACACCGCCGCCCAGCCUUCUGUUUUGCAGACCCAGCAAUUAAAAACAGUACAGAUUGCAAAGAAGACCCGAACCCCAACUUCUGGCCCGGUGAUCACCAAGCUGAUCUUUGCAAAACCAAUCAAUAGCAAAGCUGUUACAGGGCAGACCACUCAAGUGUCACCAGUCAUUGCAGGUAGGGUUCUUUCACAGUCUGCUCCAGGAACACCACCAAAGACAAUAACGAUCUCUGAGAGUGGAGUCAUUGGAUCAUCUUUGAGUACAACACCACAACAGACACCAAAUAAAAUAGCUAUCUCACCACUCAAAUCUCCUAAUAAGCUCACAGUGGUGUCAGUGGCCUCCCAGCCUCCUAACUCCCCCCAGAAGACGGUGGGCGUCCCACUGAAUGUAGCGUUAGGACAGCAGAUCCUCACAGUGCAGCAGUCAGCACCCUCCUCCCCUGGGAAGGCUAUAGUCAACCACACAACCACCCAG